AUGAACCUCCUUUGUGUAUCGAUCAUCUUGAAAACUCGCCAUUGUUUAAUCUUCUCUUGUGUCUCAACAAGAAUGUCUUCCAACAACUCGUCGGGCGCCAGGUUUCUCUGCAUGGUCCAGGACUGCACGGCAAAUCCGUUUUCGACAAUGGGCAACCUGUUACGUCACAUCAAGAGUCAACACAGUCCUUUAGCCUCCUGGGUGAAGAUGCCUUGCGACAAAGUGUUGAAGUCCAACCUAUAUAACAACCGUCGUCACUCCACAGGAUGCAGCAACGCUCUCUGCAGGGGCUACGAAGGACUCGGCGAAACCUUUUUCGCCCCUCACGACUACAAAAAGGACCGAGUUCAGAGCAUCAUCGAUGCGAGAGACUUCAUGAGCCCCCAGGAUGCGGUGCUGAAAUGGUUUUUCGUCAACCUCGACACAGGAUUUGUCGACAACUAG